UGCUGUCGUGAUAACUGUUGUUCCCCUCGAAGGAGUUACAAAGGCAGUUACAAGGACUAUCUUAUUUGUGAUUAGUUAAAAAUUAAACCUGUCUCUACUGUGUAGAUCUAUGAGAAGCCUCUGUUAAACGUCCACAUGCCAAGAUGAGCGGCUUCAGAGACGUCCUGAAGGAGGUCGGGGAGUUUGGUUUGUUUCAGAAAACCUUGCUUGUUGCUUUAUGCAUACCCAGCAUUUUCCCGGCUUUCGAUGUCAGCAGUCAGGUGUUUGCGGGGCUGAGAUUCUCUCACUACUGCAACACUGACUGGAUCUUGGAGAGAGGUCCAAACUUGACAAAAGAGAGACAAAGGAACCUCACCAUCCCGGUGGACAAGGAUGGGAGAUUUGAAAAGUGUAGCAUGUUCACCCCCGUGGAUCUGGAUUUGGAAGCUAUUGAAGCAUAUGGCCUCAACAGAACAACAGAAUGCAUCAAUGGCUGGGACUACGAGGUUCAACAAGGAGCCUCGAGCCUUGUCACAGAGUUUGAUCUAGUUUGUGGCAAAAGUGGGUUAAUCGAGGCAUCGCAGUCAAUCUACAUGGCAGGUAUCCUUAUUGGAUGUUUACUGGUUGGGGCUAUUUCUGACAGGUUUGGUAGAAGAUUUGUAAUCCUGCUUUCACUUCUCCUUCUACUGUUGUUUGCUGUGAUUACGGCUUUCUCACCAAACAUCUACGUUUACAUAAUCUUUAAAUUUUUAUGUGGGUCUUCUGGUGGUGUCAUUAUUAUGAACACAUGUGUCAUGGCGGUGGAGUGGACUGACGUUUCAAAGUCUGCUCUUUGCACAACGUCCAUCAUCAGUUUCUUUUCAAUUGGACAGAUGCUUCUGUCUGGUAUUGCAUAUUUGACGAGAAACUGGAGGAUCUUGCAACUUGUGCUCUUCAGCCCUCUUGUCAUAAUCCUGUUGAUCUUCUACUGGCUUCUCCCAGAAUCAUCUCGAUGGUUAAUGACGCAAAACAGGAAGGAGGAGGCUGAGAAGGCACUCCACCGGGCAGCCAAAGUUAACAAACGAAGAGUACCAGCACAUCUGCUAGAAAAGGUAAAUUUGGAAACUACUCCAGACAGAAAGAGCAUGAUGGACAUCUUCCGCAUAUCAUAUUUGAGGAAACGCACUCUAAUAAUGAGCUUUAACUGGUUUGCAGCCAGCUUCCUGUUUUAUGGACUGAGCCUAAAUAUAGGGAGUUUCGGCCUAAAUAUCUACCUCACGCAGUUCAUCUUUGGCACUGUUGAAAUUCCUGCCAAUGUGGCUUGUUUGACUAUGAUUCAACGUUUUGGGAGGAGAAUAUGUCAGGCAGGCUUCCUUUUCCUUGGAGGAGUUUCUUGUUUGGUUGCCACUGCUGUCCCAAGAGCUCUACCUGUGGUUGUGACAGUCAUUGCUAUGAUGGGAAAAUUUUCUGCUGCUGCUGCCUUCAGUACAGUCUAUGUCUAUACAGCUGAAUUAUAUCCUACUGAUAUAAGACAUAGCGGUAUGGGUGUAAACUCUAUGUGUGCUCGAGUGGCGGGCAUCCUCUCACCACUGGUCAGGCUCUUGCAAGCCUACCACUACAGCAUUCCCAUGGUUGUUUAUGGCAUCAUCCCGAUGGCUGCUGGUUGUUUCAGCCUGUUGCUCCCUGAAACACUCAAUGUUGAACUUCAAGACUACAUUGAACUGAAAAAAGCGACAAAAGCACCAGAGGGGAGCCAAUGCUGUGAUGUAGGAACGGAUGAGAAACUAUAAAUUUGAAUAUAAACUACAUUGUUGUAACAGAUCUAACUCAAAAAACAUUUUAGGAGGAACUGAUUAAAUAUGUUAAAUGUG